CUCGUUAUUCAAAAACAGUAUGAACACUUAAGUCGUAUACCGUAGAUCAUCUGGUUGGUCUUAUCGUUUUAUCGCAUAUUUUCAAAAAAAUAUAUAAAAUAUGUUAAAAAUAUUUAUUUACACUACACUAUUAUUCGUCACUGUCUCGUAUAAUGCACAAGAUAGUCCAAAUGACAAUCCAGUGGAAAACCCGUCAAAUUCGACUAGCAAUGUAAGACAAAAACAUUCAGCACUUCGGAUCCGACGCUCUAAGCCACAUUUAAUGAUCAAUACGUCAUUUAGAACAGCUCCAGAUAGUUCAGAUAGCAAUUCAGCAGACUUUCCAGAUAGUUCAGAUAACAAUUCAGCAGACUUUCCAAAGAAAAAACCCUCAAUUUCGACUAGCAGUGUAAGACAAAAACGUUCAUCACUUUUAUCCCAACGCGUUCAAUCAGCCUUAAUGGCCGAUACGUCAAUUAGGACGGCAUUAGAUAGUUUAGAUAUCAGUUCAACAGAAUUUCCAGUGGAAAACCCAUCAAAUUCGACUAGCAAUGUAAGACAAAAACAUUCUGCACUUCGGAUCCGACGCUCUAAACCACACUUAAUGAUCGAUACGUCAUUUAGAACAGCUCCAGAUAGUUCAGAUGGCAAUUCAGCAGACUUUCCAGAUAGUUCAGAUAACAAUUCACCAGACUUUCCAAAGACACCAACAAAACCAAUCACUAUUACAGAUUUAGCACUUCGGCUCCGACGCCAUAAACCACCCUUACAUAAAGAAACAAAUCUACCAAAAGUUCCAAAAAUCAAUACGAAAACCAAAACCGGUUCGUCACUUCUAUCCCGACGCAUUAAAUCAUCCUUAAUGGUCGAUACGUCAAUUAGAACAGCGUUAGACAGUUUAGGUGACAAUUCAGCUUACAUUUCGGGUACUCCUUCUUCAGUGGAUACGCCAGAAACGCCAGGUCCAGUGAAUACUCCACAUAGCAGUGAAAGUGUAACAGAAACCGAAGACACAUAGUCCGUGUAUUUUGUCAAAAACUAUAUCCAUAUAGACCAUAUUAUGUAUUAUUAUUACAGUAUGUAAGCCUUUAAUUAAAUGCACCAAUAUAAAACUAUACACAA